AAGUACUCUAUUUCACUUUGAUGUGGAAACGUAAUAAUUAGGAUUUAGGAUUAUUGUCUUUAUAAUAUCAACCUUCUUUUAAUUCGAUUUUCUGCAUAGAUUAGAAAGGUUUAGUUUAAGAAGAGAGAAUAAAUAAAGGAAAAUUCUUACUAAUAUAGCCUUCCAAUUAUGAACAAGUAUGAAAGCAUUUACUGAUAGACGCUGGUAUCAACUCCCCAUUGCGUAUUGCUACUUAUCGGGUAUAGAAUAGAUUUGUUUCUCUUUGUUCCUACAAACCUAAUUGUUCCAUUAUUACCAACAGAAUAGAACAAAUAUUAACCCUUGUUCCGAGAUAAUCUAUGGAACAAAAGGGAUCCAUUGCAUAGUCAUAGUCUUUUCCAAUGCAAUAAAGUUACAUAGUGUCAUUUUUCUUUGAUAAAGGGGUAUUUCCAUGGGUUUGCCUUGGUAUCGUGUUCAUACCGUCGUAUUGAAUGAUCCCGGCCGCUUGAUUUCUGUCCAUAUCAUGCAUACAGCUCUGGUUGCUGGUUGGGCCGGUUCGAUGGCUCUGUAUGAAUUAGCAGUUUUUGAUCCCUCUGACCCCGUUCUUGAUCCAAUGUGGAGACAGGGUAUGUUCGUUAUACCUUUCAUGACUCGUUUAGGAAUAACCAAUUCAUGGGGCGGUUGGAGUAUUACAGGGGGGACUAUAACGGAUCCCGAUUUGAGUUACGAAGGUGUGGCCGGAGCGCAUAUUGCGUUUUCUGGCUUGUGCUUUUUGGCAGCUAUUUGGCAUUGGGUGUAUUGGGAUCUAGAAAUAUUUUCUGAUGAACGUACAGGAAAACCUUCUUUGGAUUUGCCUAAGAUUUUUGGAAUUCAUUUAUUUCUUUCCGGGGUGGCUUGUUUUGGUUUUGGUGCAUUUCAUGUAACAGGCUUGUACGGGCCCGGAAUAUGGGUGUCCGAUCCUUAUGGACUAACUGGAAAAGUACAACCUGUAAGUCCAGCAUGGGGCGUGGAAGGUUUUGAUCCUUUUGUUCCAGGAGGAAUAGCCUCUCAUCAUAUUGCAGCAGGGACAUUAGGCAUAUUAGCCGGUCUAUUCCAUCUUAGUGUCCGUCCGCCUCAACGUCUAUACAAAGGAUUACGUAUGGGCAAUAUUGAAACCGUUCUUUCUAGUAGUAUCGCUGCUGUCUUUUUUGCAGCUUUUGUUGUUGCCGGAACUAUGUGGUAUGGUUCAGCAACUACUCCGAUCGAAUUAUUUGGCCCGACUCGUUAUCAAUGGGAUCAGGGAUACUUUCAGCAAGAAAUAUACCGACGAAUAAGUGCUGGGUUAGCCGAAAAUCAAAGUUUAUCGGAAGCUUGGUCGAAAAUUCCCGAGAAAUUGGCUUUUGAUUACAUUGGCAAUAAUCCUGCGAAAGGAGGAUUAUUUAGAGCGGGCUCAAUGGACAACGGCGAUGGAAUAGCUGUUGGAUGGUUAGGACACCCCAUUUUUAGAGAUAAAGAAGGACGUGAACUCUUUGUACGCCGUAUGCCUACUUUUUUUGAAACCUUUCCGGUCGUUUUGAUAGAUGGGGACGGAAUUGUUAGAGCUGACGUUCCUUUUAGAAGAGCAGAAUCUAAGUAUAGCGUUGAACAAGUAGGUGUAACUGUUGAGUUUUACGGUGGCGAACUUAACGGAGUCAGCUAUAGCGAUCCUGCUACUGUGAAAAAAUAUGCUAGACGUGCUCAAUUGGGUGAAAUUUUCGAAUUAGACCGUGCUACUUUGAAAUCUGAUGGUGUUUUUCGUAGUAGUCCGAGGGGUUGGUUUACUUUUGGACAUGCCUCCUUUGCCCUACUCUUUUUCUUCGGGCACAUUUGGCAUGGGUCUAGAACCUUGUUCAGAGAUGUUUUUGCUGGUAUUGACCCCGAUUUGGAUGUUCAAGUAGAAUUUGGCGCAUUCCAAAAAAUUGGAGAUCCAACUACACGAAGACAAGGGGUUUAAUACAACAUUGCUUUGUGAUUUGACAUAGGAUACUAGAGCAAUCUUGAUUUUAAUUACCGCCCUUUUUUAUCAUUAUCGGGAAAAUAACCCCAAGUAAACAGGUAUGGAAGCUAUAAUUGUAAACCACAAUCGAAUCUAUGGAAGCAUUGGUUUAUACAUUUCUAUUAGUCUCUACUCUAGGGAUAAUUUUUUUCGCUAUCUUUUUUCGGGAACCUCCUAAAGUUCCAACUAAAAAAUGAAAUGAUUUUUUAUUAUCUCAAUUGAAGUAAUGAGCCUUCCAAUAUGGAAGGCUCAUUACUUUGACUAGUCUCCGUGUUCCUCGAAGGGAUCUCUUAGUUGUUCAGAGGGUUGCCCAAAAGCGGUAUAUAAAGCAUACCCAGUAAAACUUACAAGUAAACCAGAUAUAAAGAUGGCGACUAGGGUUGCUGUUUCCAUUAUUAUAUAAUUUUAAGACCACAAUGGAUCUAUGAUAAAAUCAUUUAUUUACAACGGAAUGGUAUACAAAGUCAACAGAUCUCAAUGAAUAUAAUCGGAUUUAUGGCUACACAAACCGUUGAGGGUAGUUCUAGAUCUCGUCCAAAACCUACUACCGUAGGGGCUUUAUUGAAACCGUUGAAUUCGGAAUAUGGUAAAGUAGCUCCUGGGUGGGGAACUACUCCUUUGAUGGGAGUUGCAAUGGCUUUAUUUGCAGUAUUCCUAUCUAUUAUUUUGGAAAUUUAUAAUUCGUCCGUUUUACUGGAUGGAAUUUCAAUGAAUUAAAUCCACAAGAAAAUGAAAUCCAAAAGAACCAGGAAGUUCUAGCCUUUCAAUCCAAAGUGAAUUUUUAGGGCUCCUAUUUCUAUUGCCUUUUGGUAGUUCGAUCGCGGAAUUUCUUUCUUUCUGUAUUUCCGGAAUAUGAGUGUGUGACUUGUUAUAAUAGAUCCUAUUGAUAAUACAGAAAAUGAGUCUGUCAUCUUAUAGAGAUGGUUCUACCUCGUCGGAUAUUCAUUUUGGUAUCUGAAACACGGAAUAGCUAAAAUAGAUCAAGAAAUAUUUGAACUAUGAUUCAUAUUUAAUAUUCAGACCUCGAAAUCGGAUUCAAAAAAAUUUGUCUUUCAAAGAAAGAAUUAGAAGUUAUAAAUCGAAAGAUUUUUUUUAUUUCAAACUCCUUUUUAUGCCUAUUUUGUUUAACCAACAGACAAAUUUUUUUGUAUUAUUAGUCAUAAUACCUAUCCUAUUGAUUAAAUAAGUGAUGAUCCAAUGGUUCUUACUCAAGGAAUCUUUGUGCUUAGCUUUAGGGUUUUAUUGAAUCAUCGUGGUUCUAGUAUGAAUCUGGGGGUUCAAGCGAUUCAUAGGGUCUUAACAAGAUAAAUUCCUAUCAAUGAUAAAAAAAAAGCAAA